UCUCUUAAUUCCAUCUAAAUAAAUAGGUGGUCUUGUGAAACAACUGGCAUUUGGAUUCUUGAAUUGCUUGCAGUCUUCUUUAGCUUGACUUACUCUCACAGUGAAGUCGAAGAAGAAGAAGAAGAGAAACAUGGGAUCCGAGUCGAAGAUGGUGCACUCACCCAUGGUCACCUACGCCUCUAUGCUGUCCCUCCUCGCUCUCUGCCCUCCCUUUGUUAUUCUCCUAUGGUAUACUAUGGUACAUGCCGAGGGGUCUGUAUUGCAAACAUGGGACUACCUGAGGCAGCAUGGACUGCAGGGAUUCAUCAGUAUUUGGCCAAUACCCACUGCCACUGCAUGGAAGAUCAUUGCUUGUUAUGCAGCAUUUGAGGCUGCACUUCAGCUCUUGCUCCCCGGGAAAAGGGUUGAGGGGCCGAUAUCUCCUGCUGGAAAUAAGCCCGUCUACAAGGCUAAUGGCGUUUUAGCAUAUGCAGUAACAAUGGUUACAUAUGUUGGCCUCUGGUGGUUUGGAAUUUUCAACCCCUCAAUAGUUUAUGACCACCUGGGGGAGAUAUUUUCAGCACUUAUAUUUGGGAGCCUUGCAUUUUGUGUUUUAUUGUACAUCAAAGGUCAAAUUGCACCAUCUUCAACUGAUUCUGGCUCAUCCGGAAAUAUAAUCAUUGACUUCUACUGGGGAAUGGAGUUGUAUCCUCGUAUUGGCAAGGACUUUGAUAUCAAAGUUUUUACAAACUGCAGAUUUGGGAUGAUGUCAUGGGCUGUUCUUGCUGUGACCUAUUGCAUAAAGCAGUAUGAAACAUAUGGGAGGGUAGCUGAUUCGAUGCUGGUUAACACUAUAUUAAUGUUGGUGUAUGUCACAAAAUUCUUUUGGUGGGAAGCUGGAUAUUGGAACACAAUGGAUAUUGCUCAUGAUAGAGCUGGCUUUUACAUAUGUUGGGGAUGCUUGGUCUGGGUCCCAUCGGUGUAUACUUCUCCUGGCAUAUACCUCGUCAAUCACCCAGUGACUCUUGGAGUUCAGCUGGCUCUGUAUAUUCUUGUUGCCGGCAUUCUCUGCGUAUAUAUAAACUAUGACUGUGACAGACAAAGGCAAGAAUUUCGCAGGACAAAUGGCAAAUGUUUGGUUUGGGGGAAAGCACCAUCCAAGAUUGUUGCAUCAUACACAACAACUACGGGCGAGACGAAAACUAGCCUUUUGCUGACAUCAGGAUGGUGGGGUUUAGCCCGUCACUUCCAUUAUGUGCCUGAGAUACUAGGGGCCUUCUUCUGGACCCUACCAGCUCUGUUUAACCAUUUUCUACCUUACUUCUAUGUGGUGUUCCUUACAAUUCUUCUAUUUGAUCGAGCUAAAAGAGAUGAUGAUCGUUGCAAAUCAAAGUAUGGCAAGUACUGGAAAUUAUAUUGCGACAAGGUUCCUUACAGGAUUGUACCGAGAAUUUACUGAGAAUCUGCAGUGGUUGAAUCGCUGUGUUACCCUAAAUCAUUUACAAGACGAUUUUAUGACUUUUGAAGAGUGACAAAUAAGACCAGUACUUUCAGUUUUAUGACAAGGGGACCUGUAAUGAUCCAACCGCUGGGUGCUUGAUUUUUUGUAGUAUAUUGUGAUCGUAGUGGUUUAUUUGGUAAAGGUGAGCAUUUUUUAUGUGCAAUAGACUCUGGAGAAAACUGAUUUAACUCC